GGGUUAUUGGGCUAGAGUUUCCCUGGACUUGGCAACACCGCUUCCCGGUCGUAGCUGUGUUGAAGUGACGUGAACAGUUUUUCUCAAUUGCACGUAGGUUUCGCUAUAAUGCUAGUCACAAUGUAGUGAUGUAUAAGAUUAUGUUGCCGUCGCAUACAGCUCAUUGAUCGAGUAAAAUGUUGUGUCUGAAAUGUGUUUUGUCGUUUUGGACUCUCUGUCAAGUCAUCAAACAAGCCCACCCAGCUGAUUCCUGCAGCCCUGUAGUCCAGAUAAAACCCCAGGCAGGAUUCCUGAUGGUCAACAUUGGGAAAAACUGUCUCUGGGAUGAACAUGGGGACCAUUGUCAUUACGUGGUCAACUACGGUAGAGAGGGGGAGAAGCUCGAAGAGUAUGUCUCCAAAUCCCCUAAGACCCUCCGAGGUCUGGAGAUUGGGGGGAGGUACUGUGUACAGGUCCGCUAUGUCUGUUACCACAACCCCUUGGGAACCUCUAGCCCCCUACAGUGUGUAUCCAUCCCAGAGUCAGAAAGGACAAGGCAUACCAGGAUUGUGGCUAUCAGUGUGACCCUUACCAUCCUGUUGGGAUUCUUGGUAGUUGGCCUUGCGUUCAUCUACAGGCACCAUGAGAAAAUUAAACAGUUCCUUCGACCCCCACUACAGCUACCAGACCACUAUCGUGAGUACCUAUCAGGGUACUUCCCCCAGCAGGGCCUGUCCAUCACAAGAACAACCAGGGCCUGUGAAGAAAGCCAUGAUCUCAUCUCCAUCGUCUGCUGUGAAGAGGACCGGUCUGACAGAACAGGACUAGCUCGCCUACUGAACUGGAGUCAUCCUCUGGCCCUUUAGAUCAUUACCAAUGAUCCAUUGAUCCUGUGACUUCAGACAAGACAUGAGCCUUUCACACUCACUGGGAUUUUAGAUGAACUUGAUAGGCCUACUACAGUUCAUCUAAUGACGCUAUCUGACUGUUUACACUCCGAAGCCCCUGCUUGCAUCAGCUGCAAACAUUGCGUUUGAUCAAAAGGUAACUAUUUUACAAGAAUGUGGUAACUUCUCUAGGCAUGUUAGUAUGCUCUGCUGCAGAGGACAGAGACAGGUGCAUAUGGCUCACUAAUUAGACCUACCCAGUAAUGAUUCAUUUGAUAAUAAUGUGUCAUCAGGUCAUCCAGCUUAAGACAGAAGCACUUUAUUAAAAAGUCAUUUGACAUGUGUCCUUGGGCCAGGACUUUCAUUUAACAUUUUUGGCUGUUUAGUAAUGGGAUUACUAUGUUCAACUGUGUAUAUAUAUCACACUAUUUCUUCAGUUUUUUUACUGAACAUAUUAGACAAGUACUAGUAGCAAGGUUAAGGCACAUAUUGUAAUUCACUAAUCAAUGAAAUUACAUUUUGAGGUAUACAUGGUCAAAAGUUGGGUGAGGGGCUGUAUUAAAAUGAAAACAGUCAUAGAACAAGUUCUUGAGACUUAUCUAUGCUUGCACUUUAUGAAAAUUUACCUCUAGCAUUAUAUUGAUUGAACGUAUUAACUUUUUUUGUAUUCCUUUAUGCUGAAACUGUUAAAGUCAAGGUGAAAUUGGAAAAGUGUGUGUUACAUUGACUUUUGUUUGACUGUAAAAAUGAAUAUUCUACGUUGAUGUGAAAGUGCCAGGGCUUUGACCCACAAAUGAUUUAAUACUGGGUUUAAAUAAAUGAACAUAGCCAUUUUGAUA